AUGGUUCCUUUCGACCAAAAAGUCGGGGGAAUUUCGGAUGCGCUAAUUGCUCUUCCCAUUCGUAAUGCGUGGGAUGUAGCUCCUCCAGCCGUUUUAAGCGGUAUCGUUGAUCAAGAGCAAAUCAAAGCAGCACAGCAAUCGCGAUUUCAAGAAUUGUUUUCCCGUCAAAAACGGAGGGCUUCACAUCCGACUGAUUUGCAAUAA